UUCGAGUUUACUGCCAAAACGUGGGAGAAAUAAAUAGAACGACCAGUACGCAUGUUGGAUCGAAGAGAAACGGAACGGUACAGAGAGGAUUUUACGAAACAAAAUGAAUCUUCGAUCAUCGAACAGAAUUGUUGGAGGUGCAUUUAUAAAUAUCACGUCAAUUCCAUUCAUGAUCUCGAUGAUGUUGAAAGGUCAACACAUGUGUGGUGGUGGUAUUCUCGACGAGUAUUCGGUUGUAACAGCUGGACAUUGUGCCCAAGAUGUCGUCAAUCGUAUACGUGAUGUUCAAGUUCGUAGCGGAUCUUCUUACGAAGACGAAGGUGGUGUCAUUCAUAAUGUAACAAAAAUAAUUAUUCAUGAAAGUUUUAAUCCUGAUACAAACGAUUACGACAUCGCGGUGUUAAAAGUGAAUCCACCAUUCAAGUAUGAUAAUAAUACACAAUCAUUAACUAUAGCGAAGAAUGAAUCGACUUACACUGAUUUUGGCUUGGUAGCUGGUUGGGGAUACUUUUUGAAUUUCGAUCCGGUUCUCUCCAGACAAUUACAAUUCGUUAUAUUGCCAAAAGUACAAAAAAACGAAUGUAAAAAUGAUUAUACAAAUGAACAAAAAAUAUCUGAUACACAAGUAUGUUAUGGAUUUCGUAAUGGAGGAAAGGAUGCUUGUAAAGGUGAUUCUGGUGGACCAAUGGUCAAUAUGGAUCAUGUUUUAAUUGGUUUAACAUCAUGGGGUGAUGGAUGUGCAAGACCAGGUAAGCCUGGUGUUUAUACUGAUGCUAUUCUACUUCGUGAUUGGAUAAAAAAACAAAUUGAAAAGGAUUAAUAUGAAACUUGAUGAAAAAUGACAGAAAAUAUCAUUAUCUAUAUCGAUGAUCUUAAAGAAUAUAUUUAUUGAUACAGAUA